CGCCGGGGACGCUACUGCGCAUGUUCGCUCAGGGACGGCAAAGCCGCAAAUCGUCCCGGGAGGGGCUCGGCGCGGAGUGACCCUGUCCCCGGCCCGUAGCCGUGGCUGGUUAGUGACACUGACGCGUCUUUGACCCGACCCGACCCGGUCCCGCCCGAGAGACUCGGCCCCGCAGCGAGGGAGGUUGGACGCGCCCGGGUCAGCGCCAUGUGGGCCGCCGCCGCCGCCGCCGGCAGAGCUACUAAGAUGUUGGAAAGGAAUUUUUCCUCAAUUCUAAGGCCAACUAAAGGAAUGGAUCUGAAGAUCAAGAGAGGUUUUUGCAGUAAAUCACAGGAGGGGAGCAAACAAAAGCCUGAAGUAGGGGGGCAUUCCACCUUCAAAGUGCCAGGACACAAGCCCUCAGACUGGGAAAAGAAGGUUCUGAUGUGGUCAGGUCGUUUCAAAAAAGUAGAUGAUAUACCAGAGACUGUCUCGUUUGAGUUGUUGGAUGCUGCUCGAAAUAAAUUGCGAGUGAAGAUCAGCUACCUGAUGAUUGCCCUGACAGUCCUGGGAUGCAUCGUGAUGGUCAUUGAAGGAAAGCGGGCUGUCGGAAGGCAUGAAUCUCUUGCAACCCAAAACAUGGAAAGAAAAGCUCGCUGGAGAGAGGACAUUGCUCAGAGUGCAUCUGCCAAACCCUAGGAUUGGGAGGAGACCUGGGGAGGAGGAUACAAAGCUUAUACUUUCUUCAUUGAUGAGAGAGGGGUAGAUUAUUCAUUGUUUGCUUUUACAUUAUGGUCCUCUGCUCUUAUGCUUUAGGAAAGACAAAUAAAUUAUUUUGUAGUAAUACUAAAAA